AUGGAUAUUCCAUUAGUGUAUGUGUGUGUGUGUGUCUGGAUACUCCAAAGACCACCACAGACCACUGGACAACCACAGGACCACCACAGACCACAGGGCCACCACAGACCACAGGACCAGAGGACCACCGGAGCACAGGACCACAGGAACAUCACAGGACCACAGGAACAUCACAGGACCACAGGGCCACAGGACCACAGGAACAUCACUGGUCCACAGGAACAUCACAGAACCACAGGAACAUCACAGAACCACAGGAACAUCACAGAACCACAGGAACAUCACAGGACCACAGGAACAUCACAGGACCACGGGAACAUCACAGGACCACAGGGCCACAGGACCACAGGAACAUCACUGGUCCACAGGAACAUCACAGAACCACAGGAACAUCACAGAACCACAGGAACAUCACAGAACCACAGGAACAUCACAGGACCACGGGAACAUCACAGGACCACAGGGCCACAGGACCACAGGAACAUCACUGGUCCACAGGAACAUCACAGAACCACAGGAACAUCACAGAACCACAGGAACAUCACAGAACCACAGGAACAUCACAGGACCACAGGAACAUCACAGGACCACGGGAACAUCACAGGACCACAGGGCCACAGGACCACAGGAACAUCACUGGUCCACAGGAACAUCACAGAACCACAGGAACAUCACAGAACCACAGGAACAUCACAGAACCACAGGAACAUCACAGGACCACGGGAACAUCACAGGACCACGGGAACAUCACAGGACCACAGGGCCACAGGAACAUCACAGGACCACAGGACCACAGGAACAUCACAGGACCACAGGACCACAGGAACAUCACAGGACCUCAGGAUCACAGAACCACAGGAACAUCACAGGACCACAGGACCACAGAACCACAGAACCACAGGAACAUCACAGGACCACAGGAUCACAGAACCACAGGAACAUCACAGGACCACAGGAACAUCACAGGACCACAGGAUACUGGAGGUUAAGAAUGGAAGAGUGUGA